GCUCAGUCCUCAAAGAACAACUGCGCUUGUCUUCAUGAGGUAUCCUAUGUGCGUGUGCCAUGUAGACGUUACUAAAUCCAAAAAUGGUAGAGUACAUCAGGCCACAGAAUUAGAUUGCGUUGACUUGUAGCAGAUCUUUUUCUACGGUGAAGUUAGUAUAUGUGAUAACAAAACGACAGGACUUUUUAGCGCCACUUUUUGUAACCUGAUGGGAAAAAUAGAAGAUGCGUGACUGUCGGCGACACAGUCUGUCAAACAGUCAGAAUUCAGAAUGGAGUGACUAUCGUGAUAAAGUGACAUGAUGAAGGUAGGAGUAGUAUGUUCGAAAGUCCUAGUGUUGUGCUUCGUGUGCCGUCAGUUGCCUUUAGCCUCCUGAUCUAAACACUUUUGUUGAUUAUAGACCUUCAUACAUGACAACACUAUCGACGAAAAAAUGUCUGGCGUGUACAACACUCGCGACAAUUAUGAUGACAUUGGGGAGUCGGGGUUGGAGGCCAACCUGGUUCAAAUCCCUGGCAAGCCUGACAUCGCCUUUGAUCCCAGAGAGUCCUGUACGUUGGUGCGCGGACACGAGAGUCGACCUCUAACAGUGUGGAAUGAUGGGCAGAUCUUGCUUGAGACCUUCCAUCCCCACUUUCAGCCUGCAGAAGAUUUCUGUAUUACGAUUGCGGAGCCGAUCGCGAGACCUGAAAGCAUACAAGAAUACCAGAUCACGACGUUUAGCAUGUACUCAGCAGUGAGCAGUGGCCUGACUGUGCAGGACAUAGCCGAUACGUUGAGAAAGUUGUCGAAGAACGAAGUGAGCAGUAAACUGUUAAAGUGGAUCCAAGAAUAUGCGGCUAAUUUGGGGAAAGUGAAGUACCUGUGGAGUAAAGGGGAAUCGUCAGCUGGUGGAGCAGGAGGUGAACUACUAAGCAGAGUUCCAGGCUAUCCAAUAUUAAGGCUCGACUUUCAUUGGUCACAGAAGUUGGUCACUGAAAUCGAAGAGAGUCCCCUGGAUAGAACAGGGGAAAAUGAAGGGAACAAAGGGGAGAGCCUUGGAGGGGUCUCUUCCGUUCAGAGUCAGUGACCAAUGAAUGCUGAGCUUUAACAAUCGGCGGCUUUACAUCCUCAGCCCAUCACUACUUGGAAAGCACCGACUACGAUGCGUUGCUUCAGUUGGAGAACAUCCUGCAAGAGCGUGGCCUAGUUACCGAGUCCUUGCCUCCAAAAGAGGAAAUGGAGUAUAAGAGCAAGCGAAGACGCCGUGAAGAAGAACUCCAGGACAUUUUGACAGGUGGUGGAGCAGUUGGAGGCGAGCAACAAGGAUUAGGAGGUGCGCUGGGACGCGAACUACAAGGAGUAGGUGCACUGGGACUUGGAACGGGGCAGAAUGUGGCCGCAGCGGAUAUUAUGUUUCUUCUAUGAAGACGUGAUCGUGCGCUCAUCUCUUCAAUAACCAUAACGAUAACCCAUUUUCCAAUCACGACUUUUUUCCUACUCAGAGGGCCUGCAUAGAAUGAAGAUGAACUUAAUACUUAGAUUUAAAUAGACUGCAAAAAUCGAUCGGAUUGAUAUUUCUUGUGCUGGACCGACACCUCUAAUCCUCGAAGAGGAGGACGCUCUUCCCAUAGUACCGGAAAAAGUUUGGUACGUUCGUGUAGAUGGCAACCAAGCUGAAGAAGUCAAGCGGAUCGCUUUUGAGAAUCGCUUCCCCUUAUUAGAGGAGUAUGAUUACAAGGCGGACCGACGCAGCCCAGAUUUGGACAUUACCAUGCGAACCUCAACGCACAUCCGAGAAUAUCUUAAGCGUUGAAGCAUUUCAUUUUUGUACGCAUGAUUUGGCACAUUUCAAGAAGAAACGUGUCAAAUAUGUAAGACAGAUAAUUAUGAAUUGUUUCAACUUGUAAAUAUCAGGAAGUUGCAUUGUCCAAGAUGUUUACGACUCCGAGCCGAGCUAGGUCUGGUAUCAUCGUGCUCCCCUGUGGUGCGGGUAAGACCUGUGUGGGCAUUACAGCGACCGCGACGGUCAAAAAACGGACUCUGGUCCUGACUUCAACCGCUAUGGCUGUGUCACAGUGGCAGCAACAAUUCCUCCAGUUUUCGACGAUCAAAAAAGAAGACAUUUUUCUCCUGACUGCCGAGCACAAAUCAGCGAUUAAGGACGCCAGCGAAGCCUGUGUUGUCAUCUCGACGUACAGCAUGAUUGGUUUCUCAGGUCGCAGAGGUCAGACCACGCGCUAUAUCUUGAACCAGAUUCAGUCUGUCGAGUGGGGCCUUUUAGUGUGUGACGAAGUCCAAGUGAUGCCAGCAAAAACCUUUCGUCAGGUGGCUUUGACGGUGCGCUCUCGAUGCAAACUAGGCCUAACCGCUACCUUAGUUCGUGAAGACGAUUUGAUCACGGACUUGCAAUGGCUCAUCGGCCCAAAGUUGUACGAAGCAAACUGGCAUCAACUACAAGACCUGGGGUACUUGGCGCGUGUCCAAUGCGUAGAAGUCUGGUGUGAGAUGAGUGAAGUCUUCUACGAGGAAUACCUGAAACGCAUCAACGUAUUGGGGCAACACGCGACGGCGCGGUUAUUGUACUUAUGGCUUAAGCUUGUAAAAUGACACUGUAAUUUAGGGGAUCCUGAUGUUACUAGGUCAGAGCAGAAUCAGACGACCAUGAAGAUGUUAUUUACUCCUGGUCUUUUUCCAGCACGAUUGUUGUAAGAUUCAGUCUCAGCAGGGUCAGGCUUGCUAGUAGACAAGUGAAAUUGAUGAAAUUGUCGCACAAACUCGUCCCUUCCGCCCUCUCUAAACCGCACGUUAAACCCGAUCAAACUCUGCAUUGCCGAGUUCUUAAUCCGCUUCCACGAGCAACGAGGGGACAAAAUUCUAGUCUUUUCCGACAACACGGACAUUCUGAAAAUGUUUGCGUUAGCCAUAGGGCGUUACUUCAUCUACGGUGAAGUAGCGAAUCGAGAGCGGGAGCAAAUCCUCCGCAAGUUCAAGGAAGACCCCUCUGUGGCGACGUUGUUUCUGUCCAAGGUAGGCGACAAUGCGAUUGAUUUGCCCUCUGCGAACGUUGUGAUCCAAAUCAACGCCCAUUUUGCGUCUAGAAGACAGGAAGCUCAGCGAUUGGGACGUAUUUUGCGACCCAAAAAAGUGGCGCCGUCAAAAGCCUCUAGUUGUGCUGGAGGAAUGGGAGGUACUGGUGCUAAAAGUAGCCGCAACGCCUCAAACGCCGCGAACCAAGCUCCAGUGCCAAACGCCUAUUUUUACACACUCGUUUCAAAAGACACGCAGGAGAUGUACUACGCGACCAAACGACAGCAGUACCUAGUGGAACAAGGGUAUGCGUAUAAGAUCGUGGACACUUUGUAUCGGGAUGGAGUACAACCGCAGAUCGAGAAAGGCGCGAACUUCAUCUAUCAUGGCGAAAAAGCCGAGAACGACUUGCUCCGGCACGUGUUAGAGCGCACAGCAAAUUUCUCCUCGGAGGCAGAUCUGUUUGUAGGUGACGACGAAGCGGGCACAGCAUUACAGUUAGGUCGAUUUGGGGAGUCUGCGUCUAGCAGUGCAGAGGAACUGCUAAGCAGAGUACAAGACCAAGAGAGAAACAUGACCAACUUCACAGGAGGUCAAGCAGGAACAUUCAUCGAUGACUGAAUUGGAUGAGUUGUAGUACCUCUACGACAUCAUUCAUUUUCAUGAUUUCUUUUCUCACUAUCCUUCCCCUAUCAGGAUACUCCACCCCUACUCCCUCAUCGACGACCCUAAAGCAAGCCGGUUUAUUUACCCCUCAUCUACUUGUCGAUGCACUUACUAAGAAGUAACAACAACCUGCUUUCGUGUGGUGCAAU